UUUAAGAUGGCGGAGUUGGUGGCUUUGCCUAGAGCCGGGGAGCAGAGGAGAACAUUAGAGAAGGCUGCGUGAUAUAAACAGGAAAUCCCAGGCUUUGAUAGACAAGGACAUACACAUUUGCGUAGUAACUGGGAGCAGUCCGUUGUGUGUGGCAUCUGUUAUGGUCACUUGUAUGUGAGGCGGCCGCUAGGUCUGUGAUCAGCUGGCAGCCAGGGACACCAUGCUGCCCUACAGCUCUCUCCUGUCUUGCUGACACCAGGAGAAGGAGGGCUGUGUUCGUACGUACAUUAUGGAUUUGAAGACCACUUGGAUGUAGAAAUCAAAAUGGACGAGACAAAAAACAAUUUAAUUAUAAGAAUCAGCACACGGAGUAACACAUUAUUUUUUUAACUUAAAAUCUAAACUGGAUAUUGUUUUUUUCCUUCCAGAUGUCUAUUAUCCACUGUGUUUAAUAGAAGCCUAAAUCCUGAUCAUCCUCCUGUUACUUUUGUGGAUAUUGAUUGUGACUAAAACUACUUUUUGUUGACAAACCUGGGGAUUUAGGAAUUUUUCUGUCUGGUUACCUGGAAUGUUACUAAGUUUAUUGGGUUGGCUGCUUACUGGAUAUCCUCUACAGGAAACCGAGCCUCAAGUUUUUCCUUUUUUUAACUGCCACAUCUGCAUUUUCCUGCUGCCUAACAUAAGCAUCUUGAGAAAAUCAAUUGUUAUUAAACCGUGCAUUUAAAGGAAGAUGUUUGAUUUGGCUGUUGACAGCUAAGUUUAAGACAACAGCAAAUAGUUUCUGAAACUUUACUUGGCUUUUUUAAUCUGGUAAUUAGAAGAAAUCAAGGCAGGUCACUGAGGAUGAUAUAAAAAUAAUGUGCAUACAAUGCCUUGGUAAACAAUUUCAUAAAUCCUAAAGUUUUAUAUUGUUUAUUUUAAAUACAGUGAGUAAUAAAUCUUGGUGGGACGCCAAUCAUUUUACCCAAGAACAUUAACAUUCAAAUUUCAAAAGCCCUUUUUGCUAACUUCAAAGAUUGUUUAAAAUAAACCAGUGAUUUAUAGAUCCAGUGUAAAGAAGGCACCAUGUAUUUUUUAAGUGGAUGGCCCAAAAAGCUGUUAUGUCCACUGAAAAGCCUAGAAAAGCCCUUUCACAUUCGGCCAGAUUCUCAGAGGAUAUUUUUUGCAGUGUUGUCCCAGACCCAGCUCAGUAUUUGGUACAGCAGACCCAGUGUAUUAAUAGCCAGUUACAAGGAGUCCGCUAAAGCAACAACUCAAUUUGGAGAUUAUAAGCAAGCAGAAUGGAGGCCGGACAGCAGCAUGAUCGUGAUCGCAACUGCCAAUGGAUAUAUCUUAUUUUUCGACAUUAUUCCAGCUGGAGAUGACAAGUAUUUGUAUGAACCAGUGUAUCCUAAAGGGAGUCCACAUGUAAAGCUGAUACCACACUACAAGGAAGAGCAAUGUGCCCCAGCAUUAAAUUUGGAGACCAAAAAAGUUCUGGAUUUGCAGGCCUCUAUCACAAGCAUCCAUUCUAUGAUGGAAGAUCUCCUGGUGGCCACUGAGGAUGGCCUUCUUCAUCUCAUUCAUUGGGAAAGCAUGACCAAUGGGAGACAAGCCAUCAAUUUGGCCACAAUACCAUUUUCUGUGGACUUUCAGCCAUCUAGAGGUUCAUUUUUGGAUUUUGGAGAUGUACACAUCAAAGAUAUGGAAUACUGCGUAACGCUGGACGGAUUUGCUGUCGUAUUUAAUGAUGGCCGUGUCGGUUUCAUUACACCAGUAUCUAAUCACUUCACUGCUGAUCAAAUCCAUGGCGUUUGGGCACAAGAUGUUGCUGAUGGGACUUGUGUUGCAGUGAACAACAAAUACAGAUUAAUUUCUUUUGGCUGUGGAAAUGGCUCUGUAUUAGUAUACACAAUAGAUAAUACCACUGGAGCUAUGCAGCUUUCCCAUAAGUUGGAACUAACUCCAAAACAGUACCCAGAUAUAUGGAAUAAGACAGGGGCCGUGAAGAUGAUCAGAUGGUCACCAGAUUACAGUGUCGUCAUGGUAACCUGGGAAUGUGGCGGCCUUUCUCUUUGGAGUGUUUUUGGGGCACAUCUGAUUUGUACUCUGGGAGGGGAUUUUGCGUACAGAGCCGAUAGUACCAAGAAAGAAACCCUGAAGAUCAGCUCUAUGAGCUGGGCUACAGAGGGCUAUCACUUGUGGGUGAUUCCACAAAGCACAGACUAUGGAAUGAGUGACAAAGACGUACCUCAACAAUCUGGAAUAUUCCAGUUUCAGUUUAUCAAGAGUGCACUUACUGUUAACCCAUGCAUGAGCAACCAGGAACAGGUGCUUCUUCAAGGUGAAGACCGUUUAUAUUUGAACUGUGGGGAUGCAUCUCAGACACAGAAUGUGAGAAGCUUGUCACCACACAGUGGUAGGGGCACUUUCACUGACGGGAGGGUAGAUUCUCAGGUCUUGAGCACUUUACUAGGACACCGGCACUGGCAUGUUGUUCAGAUACACAGCACUUAUCUAGAGAGUAACUGGCCUAUCAGGUAUUCGGCCAUAGACAAGACUGGGCAAAAUGUUGCAGUCGCUGGCAAGUUUGGUUUUGCACAUUAUUCCCUGCUCACCAAAAAAUGGAAGCUGUUUGGAAACAUAACUCAGGAGCAGAACAUGAUGGUCACAGGGGGAUUGGGCUGGUGGAAUGAUUUCAUUGUGUUGGCCUCCUACAAUAUACAUGACCACCAAGAAGAGCUACGAGUCUAUCUGCGAACUGCCAAUCUGGACAACGCAUUUGCAAACGUAACUAAAGUCCAUCUAGAGACUCUGCUGCUCAGCGUGUUCAGAGACAUGGUCAUCCUGUUUCGUGCAGACUGCUCAAUCUGCCUCUAUAGUAUUGAAAGGAGAAAUGAAGGGCCCAACCCUUCUGCAUCUUUACAAGUCCUUCAGGAAGUGUCUAUGUCACGUUACAUUCCUCACCCUUCCCUUGUGGUGUCCGUCACACUGACAUCAGUGAGGACAGAGACUGGCAUCUCUCUCAAAAUGCCCCAACAGGCAUGUGAUGCAGAAAGCAUUAUGAUAAAUCUGGCAGGGCAGUUGAUAAUGCUGCAGAGGGAUCGCUCAGGUCCGCAAAUAAGGGAAAAAGAUACUAAGCCCUAUCAGCGUAAACUUUUACCCUUUUGUGCUCCCGUGGUGCUAGCCCAAUCGGUAGAAAAUGUUUGGAGUACCUGUCGGGCCAACAAGCAGAAGCGACAUCUUUUGGAAGCCCUCUGGCUAAGCUGUGGUGGAGCAGGCAUGAAAGUGUGGCUUCCUCUCUUUCCCAGGGAUCACCGAAAACCACAUUCCUUCCUGUCUAAGCGCAUCAUGCUGCCUUUUCACAUCAACAUCUACCCACUUGCGGUCCUGUUUGAGGAUGCUCUGGUUCUUGGGGCCAUCAAUGAAACUGUUGGCUAUGACUGUUUUAAUAAUCUCAGUUCUUCUGCUGAGCAUUUGGAAGUCCAAUUCCCCUACUGUAUUGUGGAGAGGACCUCUCAGAUCUACCUCCAUCACAUUUUGCGCCAGCUAUUGGUGAGGAACUUAGGUGAGCAGGCCCUGCUGUUGGCCCAGUCAUGUUCUGCUCUGCCAUACUUCCCUCAUGUGUUAGAACUCAUGCUUCAUGAAGUAUUAGAAGAAGAAGCUACCUCACGGGAACCUAUUCCCGACCCCUUGCUUCCGACUGUUGCAAAGUUUAUCACAGAGUUUCCCCUUUUCCUGCAAACUGUUGUUCACUGUGCACGGAAAACAGAGUAUGCCCUGUGGAAUUAUCUUUUUGCUGCAGUUGGUAACCCCAAGGACUUGUUUGAGGAAUGCCUGAUGGCCCAGGACUUAGACACUGCUGCAUCGUAUCUCAUCAUUCUGCAGAACAUGGAGGCAGCUGCAGUCAGCAGGCAGCAUGCAACCCUUUUAUUCAAUACUGCCUUAGAGCAGGGGAAAUGGGAUCUCUGCAGACACAUGAUCAGAUUCCUGAAAGCUAUUGCUUCUGGAGAAUCGGAGACUCCACCCUCUACUCCAACCAACCAGGAGCAUAGCUCUAGUGGUGGCUUUGAGUUCUUCAGGAAUCGCAGCAUUAGUUUAUCUCAGUCAGCUGAGAAUGUUCCUCCUGGGAAGUUCAAUCUCCAGAAAACUCUCAGUAUGCCAUCUGGGCCUGCCGGAAAAAGGUGGAGUAAAGACAGUGACUGUGCUGAAAACAUGUACAUCGAUAUGAUGCUAUGGCGGCACGCACGGCGGUUAUUAGAGGAAAUCCGACUCAAGGACCUUGGCUGCUUCUCUGCACAGUUGGGGUUUGAGCUGAUUGGCUGGCUCUGCAAGGAGCGCACCCGUGCAGCUCGAGUGGAGGAUUUUGUGACUGCUCUGAAGACUCUUCAUAAGGAUUUCCUUUGGCCGUUCCCUGUCAUUCCUGCUUCUUCCAUCAGCUCUCCUUUUAAGACUGGCAGGUUUAGGGCAGUGGUUGGAGAGCAAUUCUUGAAGUCUCAGUCUGCUGAUAGCUUCCUGAACAUGGACAUGGAAACUGGCACGUCCAACCCUCCCAGAAGUCACAGCUGGUUGGGCAGUGAGGGCACCACUCAGAGAGAGAUGGACAGCUCCUCAUUCCACAGCCCUCACACCCAGGAAGCUUUUCUGUCUCCGUUAUUAAAAGGAGAUGAAUGUAGUAUUGGCUCAGCAACUGACCUGACAGAGACCAGCUCAAUAUUGGAUGGGGACUGGACAAUGGUAGAUGAGAAUUUCUCCACCUUAAGUUUGACUCAGUCCGAACUUGAGCACAUUUCCAUGGAGUUGGCUAACAAAGGGCCGCACAAGUCACAAGUUCAGCUACGGUACCUACUGCAUGUUUUCCUGGAAGCAGGUUGUCUUGAGUGGUGUGUGAUUAUUGGCCUUAUACUGAGAGAAUCUGCCAUUAUAAAUCAAGUGUUUAACUUGAUGCAGUGCCCUGAAGUGGCCGAGGAGAUGUUACAGGGUAUACAGAGUGGGCUUCAAGCUGUGGAUACAUGGGCAACCACAGACUGCCCAGGAUACAAGCCAUUCCUAAACAUUAUAAAACCUCAUCUGCAGAAGCUGAGUGAAACCUCUGCAGAGCAGGUGCAGCCUGAAGCCUUUCAGCCAACAGUCAUCAUGAAGGUUACAGAGCAAUCCAGCCCCAGAUCAGAGGAAAGUCGCAGCUCUGCCAGCCUCAGCUCCAGCCCUCAGAGUGAGGCCAACAGCAGUAUCAUUGUUAGACAUGAAGAGGACAUGUCACAGCAAGAACAGGAGGAGGCCUUCCAGGAGGGAAGCUAUGACUGCAUUGUUUCCUAACAGCAAGCUUUGUACAUAAGCAUCACAGCAGUAUUAUUGGUUUUACCACCAGUGGCUGAUUUGGGUGUAGCAUCAGCACUGGGUACAGUGGCUUCCAGGAAAGCAUUACUUUGAGGACAUUUUAAGCAUUAUAUACACACACACACAUGCACACUAUAUAUAUAUAUAUAUAUAUAUAUAUAUAUAUAUAUAUAUAUAUAUAUAUAUAUAUAUAUAUAUAUAUAUAUACAUACACACACAUAUAUAUAUAUACAUACACACACUUGUUUCAAGAAACAAACCAGAAUUGUAUCACCUUCUGGUGUUUAAAAUUGAAAAAUCUUUCUCCUUAUUUAUAACCUUCAGUUUGUAUGACGUGCCCUGUAUGAUUGUGUUAAUAUUGUUCCUUGGAGAAGACCUGGCAAUCUCACAACUGACCUUGUUACACUUUGCAGCUUUUUCAAUAUGAUUUUAGUUUUGAGCCUUUUGUUUGGAAAAGAAAAGUUCAACCACUUGUUUCGUCUCCUCCAGAAGAGCCGUAAACACAUUUCUAGCGGUUUGCAUGCUGCUAAGAUUCUUAUGUGCAAUAUGCCGGCUUAAUUGUCAAUAUUUUGAGGAAUGAUAACACAAGUGUUAAGGCAAAUAUGCACCUUGUCCAGCGUUGAAGAUGCUUUUCAGUGAGAUCCGAAGAGAGAAAAAUCUUCAACAUUGAAUAUUUGGGUGCUCUGAUUUUUUUCCCCUUCAUAUGUCUGAUAUGGUUUGGUAUUAAACACUUGUAAAUAUUCUGUAUUUUUGUGAAUACUCUAUAAACUUUAAGAAUGCUAUUAUUAUAUUUGGACUUGUUCUUUAACUUAAGCUAGCCUGUAGCUGGCUGGAUAGCCAUUUCCGCUCUUUGCAAUGGACACGGUCAUCAGACACACUGUGCUCUCACAGAAUUCAUGUUUUUAAACUACUGUGAUCUAUCCAGAUGGUCAUCGGAAACUUAAGACUGAUUUUUAAACAUGGUACAAUAAGGUUUUUAUUUAUUACCUUUGUACAAUAAUUUACGUGAAUAUAGAUUUUUUUUUGUGUGUAAAUAAAUUCUGUAAUCAUGCUAUUUGCUAUGGUAAUUUCAAUUUGAAGCAAAAUGUAUUUUUGACCAUUUUAUAACAUGUAUGAUUUCAUUUUAACUUUUCAUAAAACAUGCCUGUUUGAAAAGACUGCUUGAAACACGUAUGUUAUAUAUGGUUGGUUUUCCUCUUCACUCAUCCUGUUUGUCGCUGUCUUUUCCGUAACCAAUCCCAUAUGUAAAUUAAAGCCGAGAUCCUCAACAGUAUUAAAAUGUCGUUAUCGGCUUGUUUGUACUGUGCAAUUUGAACAAAACAAGUGCAACAUAUUUUAUACGAGACGUACAUGUUUAUUUUUAUAACAGAUAUAUUUGACUAUUAAGUGGACCAAAAUGUUUAAUAUUUGUAGCAACGUGAGUGUAGUAAUAUUAUACAAUACUGUUGGUGGGGAAAACGAGUUUAAAAUUUCAUGAAUUUGCAAAUUUGUGCCCAGCUAGUUUACACAUCGAUUACAUCAAGGGUUUGGUUAAACCUCGUUAGUGGGAAAUAAAAAGCACUGUCAGAUGAUGAUGAUCAUUUGUUUUAGCAAACCUGUGGUUUUCUCUGCGUCUCUCUACUUUAGAAUUCUCAGAUUAUCUUCUUAUAAACGGGUUACUGUUUUCUUUUUAAUAAAGUUUCUCCCUUAAGACAGAAAUCUCUUGGAUUUGGUCACAUUUGCAAAAUGCAUAUUUUGUCACACACCGAUACAAGGAAGUGCAAUAAUGAAUAAACAUAUGACAAGUA